UUGGUCCCUACGCAUACAAGGUAUUUCACACAAAGAGCCACCAGCUGUGGAGGUGCAGAAAUCCACAAUCUCCGCAGGAAUGAAGAAAGAACUUAAGAAGGGAGACAUUUGGUUCCUUGUCGCUAUGAAGUGGUGGAAACAGUGGAAGAAGUAUGUGGGAUACGACUCCAGGGAUAUGGAGGGAAUCGGUAAUCCAGCAUAUCAUCCAGGGCCGAUUGACAACUCUGCACUGUUCAAAGACCCAGGGCAUCCGGAUGCUUGUUUCUUGAAAGAGCAUCUGAUCGACCAGUUGGAUUAUUGGCUUCUUCCUGUGGAGGUAUCCCCUACACUUGUCUCCUGGUAUGGAAUCAAAGACUGUCAUGUAAUUCCCCGUGAGAAUUUUUUGGUAACAACUUACCAACACUUUUACCUUCACUUUUCACUUGCCCCUUUAAUACAGGUGGUUGAGUUUGGCAUGUUUGUAAAACACUGCAAAGUAGAAGUUUACCUGAUGGAGCUGAAGCUGUACAGACAUCCCAACAUGGAUGACGGGGUCACUCAACAGUUCAGCAAACACGACACAAUAGGCCAAAUCGAAGAAGACAUGAGGAUUCUUUUCAACAUUCCCAAAGAUCGGUGUGUGCGUCUGUGGAGCAAGUACCUGUCCAAUAAAUACGAACUUCUAAACAAACCCGAAAUGACUGUUCAGGAGGCAGGACUCUAUCAAGGCCAGACCAUCGAGAUUGAGGAGCAAAACCCUGAUGGAUCAUGGCCGAGAGGGCUUCUGAAGACCAAGUAG